AAUCCUGAGAGAAAAGAAGAGGAAAACCUCUAACGUUUAUAAUCCAACCACAUUUUUAACGUUACUAUAUUUUCAAUUAUUUUCUGUUUUUAACCAAAAUAACUUUAGAAAAAUGGUUGAACAACAACGACAACGUAUCGAACAAGAAAUGACCAAAAUGAUAAACGAACUGGAUUUGCAAUAUCUACGAAAAAUGCAGGCAGAUAUGCACCGAUGUGCAGCAAAAUGUUGUGAAGAUAACCAGGCUUCUUUGGAAAGAGUGCAGAAAUGUGUAGAGAAAUGUUCUGUGUCAUUAAAUUGGGCACAGUCUUAUGUACAAAAAGAGUUGGAGGGCCUUCAAAAUAAAUUACAAAGGUGUGUUAUGGAUUGCAAUGAUGAUGUUAGAGUGAAAAUGGGAGUAAAUCCCACAGACUCCGAGGUUGAAAAAUUCACCAAGAUAUUUGAAGACUGCGCUACAAAGUGUGUCGAUAAACAAAUAGAUUUCAUGCCAUCAUUAUUAAAAAGGAUGAAGACUGACCUUUCUAGGGGACAAAAUGGUAGUUAGCUAAACAUUUGUAAAAUUAAAUUAGAUGUAUCAGGAGUGAUAUGGGUCAUCAACCAUUUUAGGAACUGAGUCAAAUUUUAGUACUUACCUCUAAUACUAUAAAGCAAAUCAGGAUGCCCCAACUGGGUCUUUGAAAGAAAUUGUAAUUAUACUUCUGUGAAUAUAUUUAGGUCCUGCCUAGUCUUAGUAUUUGCUGCUAAAAUGGUAAAAACUUAAACUUAAUCACGAAAAGGCCUAAGUGAAAAUGCUAUGAAUAUUCUGAAUAAAUUAAGUGGAUAUGUGAGAAGCAAUUUUGUUUG